UAUGCUGAUUUGAGAGACGGGAAGCUUGGUCAGGUUCCAGAGUGCUCGUCAGGCUGUCAGUGGCGGUGUCGUGCGCGCAUGCCACACUGAGCUCGUGGGUUUGGAAAUGCCAAAGCGCCUUCUCCCUGCUAUGCGCUCACACACACAGCAGACGGGUCUGGUCACGCAAACAGGAACUAUCGACUGAUGCUCCAGCUUCUAAGCGCUGCUUCAAGAGCAAAAAGGGAAAAUCUCUCGUCCUCUGAUUAGAUUUUCUGGUUUUGGAAAGCCGAGCUAAGGAUGAUUUUGUGAUGGGUGGUUUAAAAGAGUAUGGGAAAGCUUCCCCUUUUGCGGAAAGCAGAAUGAACAUACUCAUUUCUGUCGCAGAGAAGUUGCAUUUCCGUCAGAAGAAAACCGGGCAAUAAAGGAAUCCUUGGCAUAAAGGGAUAUCAACAUAGAAGAAAGGCUAAGAAACACUUACACUACGUAUAAGGGGUCUUGUGGUCUGUCUUUUUGGAUUGUACAUACAGUAUUGUCCGACAGAGGUGAAAUCGUUUGGAGUACGCAAUAACCUUUUGGGAUUUUUUAAAAACACACAUCAACCUUUUGAAGAUAACAAAGGUCUCAUAACGACAUAGACUCUUUCGAUAUGGAGAUGUCAUAAUUUUUUCUAGGUCAAAUGACCGUUUUCACUCUUUGCUAAUAUCACAAUUGUAUUUAUGAGAUGGAAAAACGGGGACUCCACGGUGUCCUUUGUUAUUUGAUUCUUAAUGCUCCCUUGAUAUUCUAUGUAAAUGCAACAUUUACUGAAGUGCCCAAAGAUGUAACCGUCGAUGAGGGUGAAGACAUUGAGAUGCCGUGCGCUUUUCGGGCUAUUGGGUCUUCGCCCUUCUCCCUGGAGAUCCAGUGGUGGUACCUCAAGGAGGCAGCCCCAAGAGAACUUGCACACGAAUUGCAAAUUAGCGCCACACAGAACAGACCCAAGGUGGUACCCAGGGAUGCUACCAAAAUAAGCACCGUGAGGGUCCAGGGCAGUGCCAUUUCCCAUAAACUAAGUCUCUCCAACGUACGUAAGGAGGACGAGGGUGUGUACGAGUGCCGCGUUACGGACUUGUACUCCGAAGAGACUCUGGAAUACAAAGUCCAAGCCACUCUACGGGUCAACCCGCGAGAUGGCAUGGUGAAUGAGGAGGCCGUGUCUCACAUCCAGAACCGCUUACCGCUGCGGAACAACAAUAACGCAGCCGAGGGACGGGCCACCUCAGAAGUGGAUCAGGGUCAGGGAAAGCCUUGGGUGCCUCCUCCAGCCGGCGUUGGUCCCGUUUCCCCUUCAACAACGACAACAGCCUCUGCAGCAAAGUCCUCGGCUUCGCCUCGGCCCGGCAAUGCGGCCAUACUCCGACAGCAGCACGGAGCCGGUUCUGGAACCAUGGCAACCACCAGCCCACUCCUGUGCAUCAUUUUGCUGGUCCUGCAUAAGCUCCUCCCCUUACUGUUAGCCUACUAAGAGACUUCAACCAAACGACGACCCGCAACGUUUUCACUUUAUGUACCAAACAACAAAGGGAAAAUAUCUCUCUAUAUAUAAAUAUAUAUAUAUAUAUAUCUAAAUAAAUAUAUACCAUUAUGGCACAUCACCAACUAUGAGGAAACUAAGGAUGAAGGACUUUGGAAGAGGUACCCUAUAAGCUGAGGAGAGAUGGCAGUCCUCUGUCUUGGACUUCUGGAGGAUGCUGCAUAGGAGUGGAUGGAAAGCAGAUUAUAUGAGAAGCAUGACAAAAAAUGAUCUGAAAAAUGAGGAGUUUUUGUGAAUAAGAGCUUCACACCUAUGUCAUACACACCACAACAUCCAUGAAACGCUGCAUCUGAUUUCCAAAUGAUAAGUGUUUGCCCUGCUAAAUGCAUGGCUCGUUAUUUAUUUUUGGUGGUUUUUGAUUUGAUUUGCCUUUAUCUGUUCAUAUAACUUAAUUGUCCAGUUGCAGUUUUCGUCAGUUUUCGAUUAAUUUAUUUUUGCCUUUUUAUUUUUCUCAUUGGACCUCUUUUGGCUUCCUUUCUGGAGUACAUUGUGGUCUGGAUGAAAACAUUUAUUUCUUUUGUUUUGAUUUGAUUCUUUUUGCAUGAACUGUUGAGCAGUUUUUCACUUUCCCAUUUCAAAGCCAUCACAGACUGUUUUGAACAUUUUGGCUCUUUCCACCAAGACUGUGUGAGUCUUUAUGUUCUGUUGAAAACCCUCAUAUGGUUUUAUGAUUUUGUUUUUCAUGAUGUAUAAAAAUGCGACCUUAUAUAUUUUGAUUAAAUAAGGCACACGUUUCCAUAGUUGUUGUUAGUCACUUUCAAUAAUGUUUAUUUUUAUUAAAGAUAUGGUGAUCAAGGUAUGACAUUCAUUUAUAAUAAAAAAGAAAAAAAACUUCUUGGUUUGUUGCCAA